AUUUAACACACACCAGAAUGGCGUUUCCAAGAUGACGUGCGUAGCUUCGUCACCGGUAGUCCCACAAUUCAACUCGGCGCGCGAAAGCUGACUGAGGAGGUAAACAACAGAGGAGUGCUGACCUAGACCGAAUAAACAAUGAGCAAAAAAGACAGUGCAGGUUUCGCUCAGAUCCUCGCUUACCUGAAUGAGAAAAACAGACCCUUCAGUGCUCAGGAUGUCUUUACAAACCUACAGAAGCAGUGUGGUCUGGGUAAAACGGCUGUGGUCAAAGCAAUGGAGCAGCUGGCCCAGGAGGGAAAGAUUCGAGAGAAAGUCUAUGGGAAGCAGAAGAUCUACUUUGCAGAUCAGUCUCAGUUUGCGGAUGUGAGUGAUGCUGAACUUAAGAAGAUGGAUGCUCGUAUUGCUGAAAUCGGCAAUGAUGUACAGACCAUAUCACAGAGCUGCAGGCAGCUGGAUACAGAACUGAAGGAGCUGAACAGCUCAUUAACCACAGCCGAGAUGAAGACACAGAUCCAGGAGCUGCAGGCGGAGUGCUCUGGGUACAGAGAGAGGUUGGAGGAAAUCAAGUCCGCUAAAAACCAUGUGACCCCUGAGGAGAGGCAGAAGGUUUACAAGGAGAGAGAGACUUAUGUGAAAGAAUGGAGGAAGAGGAAAAGACUGGUAACGAUCCGUAAAAACAUUUAUUCACAACUUCAGAAUUUGCCCAGGAGACAAAACGUCAACUUAUUUUUUAAUGAUGCAGCUGUUACUGAUAUGGUUGAAGCUAUUUUGGAGGGGUACCCAAAGAGCAAGAAACAGUUUCUGGAGGAGGCUGGGAUUGAAACAGAUGAGGACCAUAAAGUGACAAUGCCCAACAUCUGAUGGAGGACACACUGAAUAAAUUCAGAUGCCACCAACAUUGUUGCCGGGACACCUAACCUUUGGGAAGGUUGGAAAGUAAAGUAGAGGAUUCUUGUUAACAACGUGUUGAGAGAGAGAACAAACGAGCUGUAAAUAAGUUUGAACAUUGUUUAUUUUUCAAUUAAAAAAAAUUAUACUGAUACAAAAA